AGAGAGGACGAAAAAAAAGGAGCAUUUUUUUUUUUUGGAAAGACGUGGGGAUCAACACAUCGAAUUCUUUUUUAUUCAACCGCAAGUUCCGCAAUUCGUUUACAAGAGUUUAAAUCCUUUCUUUUCUAUGUUCUCCCUUGUAUGUAAAACAUUAUUUAAGCUCAAUAUGAUUUUAUCCUAUUACUGUGUCAUACCCGUCAAGGCUAAUUCUCUUAAUCCGUGACUUGCUCCGCCAUCGUAAUUGUACUCUUACUUUACCCGAAAACGGUUUGAAUGGAAAUAGUUUAUUUAAGAAGAGUGGAAAAAAGGGUAUAUUCGAAUAACAGAGAGGGAAAGAAAGACAACGAGAGGAUCGUUUUCAAAUCGGGGUUAGGUGGAUCAUGCACCCUACGGCCGCACGUGCUAAUCGAUCGUCCAUACAAUCCUCGAUUCCAUCCACGUCAACUCCAUCGUCCCUCGUACACCCCCAGCAGCAGCAGCAACAGCAGCAGCAACAACAGCAGCAACAACAGCAACAACAGCAGCAGCAACAGCAACAAAUUCUUUACGGGCCUAUCGCCAAUCCGGCGUUAACCCUUCAACCAUGCGGAAGUGGUUUGCACCCCUCUUGUAUUUAUCCAGGAGCGCAACGUAACGCCGGUCUCGCUAAUCCUGCCCCUUUGCACAUACAAGGAAAAAGCAGCAGAUGGCCACCUAAGAAUAAACUCGUACGAAACCAGCAAUAUUGCCAGCAACAGCAGCAACAACACCACAUACAGCAACAAUUGUCCUACAACCCGAAACCAUUGGUCCUGUACGAUCAAACGUCGAGCAACGUGGCCCCACCACCGGCCCCGACCGCCUCCUUUCUAAUCGCUUCCUCCACGUACACGCACGGCUCGUUCUCCGGCGACCAGUACAACAAUUCCGGAGUCACGUUGAUACCCCAACCCUACUUUAAGCCGCCCGACGUGCAAACCUUCUGCUUGAUCCAAGACCGGCAAAAUAUCCAACAACAACAGCAGCAACAGCAGCAACCUCAACCCCAGCAGCAGGAGCAACCAACGACCCACGCCUCGUACUACAACGUGUCAGCGGCGAACACGUGCAACCUGCAACCGGGGAUCAAUGCGACCAAUUCCCCGUUCCAAUUCCCGAAUCUGAGCCCGUACGCGGCCAAUUUCGCGACCAACAGCCAGGUGAAUCCAACCGUUCAAACGGGCAGCGGUGUUCACACGGGCCAAAUCUUUCCAAGCCCCCCCUCCACCGGCCUCGUGUUCGGCGGGCUUCAGGCGAGGGGGGCGGAGAAACCCGUGGCCGGGGCGGCGCUCGAGAUCUCGUCCUCCUCCCUGAAGGGGAGCAAGAGCAAGUUACCGGCCGCCGGUAACAACUCGCAGAUAGUCGCCAGCGCGGCCAGCGUCGAGAAUUACAACGAAUGGCCGUCCCAACCGCAGAUCACCCCCUCCUCCUCGACGGACGUUCUGUUCAACAUAAAGGCGACCGCGACCGGGACGACCACGAGCACCGACGAUGAGGGGAAUCGGGAAACAACGGCGGGGGGGAACAACGUCGUGCUGGAGAAAACGAACGUGUCCACGGGCGUGUCGGUCAAGGCCCAGCAACAACAGGAGGAGCAUUACUCGGACGAGUCGUCGGCGAGUUUCGAUUUCACGAUCGAGGCCGAGAAAAUGGUGUCCGCACUCUGCAAUAUAUCCUCGAACGAUAUAAACAAGGAGGAGGGGAAGACGGACAAGUCGAAUUCGACGCCUUUGUUCAGCGGCGCGGGGGACACGGCUUCGAACAAGAACGCAUGGUUCACGGAGUUUUGCGCCGAUUACGGGACGGGGACCUCGAUAGCCGUCCAAACGGACGGCCCGUGCGUGGACAGGGCCCAGUAUCAAGAGUUGUUGAGAAAAGUGGUGUACUGGGGUUGCACGGAGGCGGAAUUGGUGUUGAACAACAGCUCGAAGACGAAUCCGAGAUGCGGCUGGUUGAGGAGCUUGUCCACGGCCACGAAAACGGCCGUGACCAAAUCGUCCACCUGUUUCCCGAUAUUUGCCGGUGACCGGGUGUUCGUCGCCGAUCUGAUCAACGCUUUGCUGCGCAUAAGCAACGGUUGGCUGAUACUCGACAAUUACUUGAACAAGCAGCAUUACCCGAGCCUGAACGAGAAAUUCGAUUGCGAGUUGGUCAGGUGUUUCCGCCUUUGGGAGGAGAGCACCCACGAGCUGUUGAAUCAGAUCGUCCAAACGUUCCUCAAGCUCGAGGAGGGAGCUGUCGUCGACCCGACAACAACUAAUUUCAAUACCAACAACGAGCAAACGAAAUCAGAAUCAUUCGGAACCUCUUUUCCAGGUGACGUUUCAGUUUACACGAAUCGCGACUUGUUCGAUCCAUCCUCGUCCACGUCUAUCAUCGCUACCGCCCCGUCGAAACAGAAGGUGGCGGCUGAUAAUAAAAAGGACGGUGGCCAAGAGGUGGCGUGUUGCGGCGGCAACUCGGUCGGCCAAUUGUCCGCCUGCGGUAGCCUGCGCAACUUCACUCUUUACGGCCAGGCUGAACAGAAACAGCAACAGCAACAACACUCCUCCUCCUCCUCCUCCCAGAAAGAGUCGAAACUGCGAAGUAAGUGGACAAUUACCGAGCUACGGAAUCUAACGACAACCACGACGAAAUCCGUGCAUCCCGUGCAUAUAUUCUGUUCAGGGCACGCGAAAUCCGGGGGACAGGCGAACAGUAGAUACCGUUCGAGGGGUAGCUCGUCGUCGGGGAAGAACGAGACGCCUACCCAAUCGUUGAACGCCGAAUUCUUUCACCUGAGAAGCAAGAUACUGACCGAGAGCAAUCAAGACUCGUCCUCGAGGCAGCAAUGGUUGUACCACAACAAGGAGAAGAAGCAAGAUUUCCCCGAGGCCAAGGUCUCCUCUCCCUCCCCCUCCCACGUGGCGGAGAACGUGGACGGUAUAUUCAGAUUGCAACGCCAAUUGGACGUGGAGAAUUGCGAGGCGGGUUACGGGCAGAAAUGUUUGUCGAGGGUUGAAUCCUCCUUCCUCAAUCCAUCGAUCAGCCUCGAGUCCAUGUAUUUCCCGGCAACGAGCGAGCACGACGCUUUCUAUCCAGGUUACGCGGUUUGCCCGCCAUCCUACGCAUCCCUCGACUACAAAAGCUCGAAGACGAGCUUCGACUCGUCCACCCAGAACCACAACAACAGGAACAAGGCGAACGUGGAUCUCGUGUACGUGGGCAAAUCGUCGACCAGCCAAUUGGAAUUGGCCGCGGUACCCAAGGACAAGAUGACGUUGCUCAGCCAGAUCGAGCCGAGCAUACCCGAAAAAUCGUCCGAGGAGAUGACCGCGAAUUUGUCCGCUUGGUUCGCGAGCAUGAGGAAUCCGGACAAUCCCCGCCAGAUACCGUUCAUGAAUCUGGCCGACGUGAACGCCGCGGAUACGAUGGUGGCGGGCAGGGGGUCGGCCCCUCGCCAAGACAUGUCCAAGAACACUAUGGAUCUGACCAAUUGCAUCAGACAGUUGCAGAUAGACGCGAACCGCCAAUUCCAAACGUUGCAGAACAUACAGAGCGUGCAAACAGCCCCGUGGAACGCGUACAAUUUGAUCAACAAUCGCGUCCAAGUGCAACAGGUGCCGGAGGAGUACGACAGCUCAGAGGACGUGAGGGUGUACAUGAAGCCGGGCAGUUACAACGUGCCCAAGAAGAGGCAUCAGAGAAGGUCGAACAGACGGUUGGAGAAUUCGACGAAUUCGAGGAACGUGGCGAACGGGUCGGGCCACAACGCGAGGAGUCAUUACGCGGGAAAGGAGAAGUUCUGCGUGCCCGCGUCGUCCACACCGGUCUCGAGGCCAGCGGCCACGCCCACUUCGACGGCAGGCGUGAACAACAACGGGUCGGGCGCGAUGAAAUUACCGUUCCCCGCGACCCCCAUCGUACCGCCGCCGACCUUCUCCCUCGAGAAUUCGCCACGGAUCUUGAAACGAUCCGACGUUUCCAAUUACACGGUGUCCGAGGACGUGACAUGGAAGGCGGCCUGCGCCUCGGCCGAGAUCCUGUUGGAGGCUUUGAACGUGAAGGAUGAUGGGGAUUUCAAGAAGCCGGAAAUGGAGAGGUCGGUGGACGUGGUCGGCGGUGAAAAGUACGGGUGCGACGAUGGUGCGAUGGUGGUUAAGAAAGACGACGACGCGAUGAUGGAGGAGGGGAUGGUGGUGGAGCAAGCGGUGCAGGGCGAGGAGAAGUUGGAGGAGAGCAUCUCGAAAAAUUUGAAGGAGAACAACGACGGUGUAUCGAGUUACGAGGCGUCCGAGGAUGACUCAGGCUCCACGAAUCAUUUCUCACCCAACACAAGUAUCAACGAAGUUUCACAGUUAUCUGGUAAUAAAAAUGGUUCUAGUAAAAUGAAUGUAAAAACGGACUCGUGGUUAAUCAAAACUUUGAACAACGCUAACAUGGCAAAUAAGCAGAAACGGCGGAAAAACAACGCUGUCCAGCAACAUAGCUCCGAAUCGUCGAACAGUUCGGUGACAGAGAACGAGCAAACGAAUCCUAUCGUCUCGUUGGUGUCCAACAGUACGAUAACGACGGUGGCGACAACGACGACGACCGUGAAAAAUCUCCAACAGACGAUAUGCUCGAGGAAAAGUUCAUGCGUCUCGUUGAACAACGACCAGACAACGUCCGAGGAGACGGAACGUGUCGUGGGGAAAGCCACUUAUUCCGAAACUGUGCGCCGCUGCGCCUCCUUGAGCGCUUCCUUCUCGGAGAAGAAAGAAUUUUCCAAGAAAAGCAAAUUAAACAUUGCCAAUGUGUCAACGAUUUGCAGCACUGUGAUACCGAUACCCGGCCGUAAAUGUCAGAGAAAAGAUUUCGAGAAAUCUUACUAUUUGUUGCAUAACAGAUCCCGCAAGUGUUCCGGGAAAAAAGCAACGAAAAAUUGCGAGAUCGAUGGUGAUUCUCAAUCGGUGGAAGGAACGUUGAAAUCGACGGUCGCGGUGAAGCACGGGAAAAAGAGGGAGAAUGCUGGAUGCAUCGAAUUCUUGGAUGGGAAGUAUGGUGGGAAGACUAGCGACAGAGGUUGGUCCGUAUGGUACAGUUCGAAGAGGAAACAGAGUCUUAGUCCGCUUGCGCUUAGCAAAUUGGAAAUGAUACAUCAAACGGUUUGGCAAAUGGAUGAAGCAGAGGUUUUCAAGUGUCCAUCUUCGGGGGGCAAUAAUCAAUCUUCUACAUACACGAUCGAGGACUAUUGUAAAGUCAUUAAAAGUCCAAUGUUCCUAGAAACGGUUGAAUACAAAUUAAAGAAUCGAGUUUAUCAUAAAGUGGAACACGUCGUUAGAGACUUUCGUCGUAUUGUUUAUAAUUCAAAAUUAUAUCAUAAGGAUGAUCAUGAUCGAGUAAAAGUAAUCGAAACACUAUCGAAGAAACUCGAAGAACUUUUCGAGGAACAUUUCGCGAGUUGGGACUUCGAUAAUAUUAGCGGUAGUCCAAGGGAAAGUUCACCAGUGCUGCAUCGAUUUAAGACGGCUGGACAAAAACCGGUAACUGGACGUUACGGCAAUACGAAGAAAUGUCAGUCUUCUUCGAUUACCGAAAAUAUAUAAUAUCUGCCAUUAGUAAUAUGCUUUUCUGCGACAUCGAACUACACUUGAGGAAUUAUCGUGCCUAUAAUUCAUGGUGACAUUUCAUUACGCAUUUGCAAUUCAUAUUAUUAUUAGAUUAACAGAUAAACUAAUCGCAUCGAGUUUAUGUAAAAUUGUUAGAUUCGAAAUUAAGUAUAUCUGUAAGGAUCGAUCAUAAUAAUACGCUCUAGUCACGCAUCAGUUCGUAUUGUUGUCACAACGUAAGCGUUCUACGGUUUUUCUUUCGCAUCGCAGUUUGCUACGUUCAAACAAUUUUCGUUAUUUUCAAAGAAGCGAAAGUUUAAACGCUUAGUUUUCUGGUACAUACAUCCGUAUAAGAUAAUGCAUCUUAAAUGUGAAACAAAACGAUAGUUACAUUUACCUUUUUUAUACCACUGAAUUAUAUAACAAAAAAUAGUUAAUGACAUUGCAAUGAUGAUAGUCUAAAACUUGACAACACUUAAUUAAAAGAGAAUAAUUCGACGCUAUUUUGUCCUAGCAAGAUUAAAACACGAUUAAACAAAAAUAGUGGGAAAAACGAUCAAAAUAUUAUAAGAAUAAAAUAAUUUUUCAUUUGUAAUAUUAUCGUUAUGCGUGAAAUAUAUUACAUGAGAAUAAAAAGAAGACAAAUAUUAUAAUAGCAAAUUGUACUGUCAAGCAAAUAAAAGAUUGACCAAAUAAAA